AAAGGGGAGUGGGAGGGAGCAGAGAGAGAAAGAGAGGGAGGAAGGGAGCGAGACAGUGUGAGCGUAGCUAUAAAACAGACAUUGAACUCCAACCAGCUCAGUCGCAGACAGUUGUGCUGGACAAAGAACCUCUCCCGUGUAAGGCUUUGCAACAUACUGAUAAACAGGACAGCAAGUUCUAAUAGUUUUUUCUGGAAAAUACAUUCUGGAUCAAAAUAGCAGAGAUGACAACAAUGUUCAGAUGCCCCGUCUUUCCUCAUCUGCAGGAUCCGUGUGACCCUGGUCUAUCACUCUCACCGGGAAGGCGUGUCAUGGCGGAGCCCGAGUACCUGGAGGGAGACUGUGAUGAGCUCAUCAAACCCAAGAAGUUAAGCAACCCAGUCAAGAGCUCCCGUAACCACCAGGACCUGCACCGAGAGCUGCUCAUGAACCAGAAGAGGGGUCUGGCUCCUCAGAACAAACCUGAGCUCCAGAAGGUUAUGGAGAAGAGAAAGAGGGAGCAAAUUCUCAAGGCUCAGAAGGAGGAGCAGGAGGCCCACAAGAAGAGGAGCGACCUAGAGAUAGAGCUCAUGAAAAGACAACAGAAACUAGAGCAGCUGGAGCUAGAUCAACAGAAAAAUGAAGAGGAACAAGAGAACACCCCUGAGUUUGUGAAAAUGAAGAGCAACCUGCGCAGGACCAAGCAGGAGAGCGAUGGGGAGGAACGGACCACCUAAAAACCAGCAGGGGUGUCUGGGUCUGGCUGAUUGUGCGCGUGUUUGUUGGAACGGAGACGUCGGGAGUGUGUACAAAAGAGAGAGUGUGUUGUCUGUGGUGCACAGUGCUGACCGGACCGUGGUCCGAGAUGAACUUCCUGGCUUCCCCAACCUAGCUGUUCCAUCCCGCAGUGAGGAGAGAGACUUUACAGACUAAAGACCCCCCCUCUGUGUGCCUGCCACGGACUGCCAGCACUCGCCUCUGCUACCCACACCCAUCCUGCAGCACACAGCACCCCCUGCAGGAGGGACCCAACACAGACAUGUUACAUGUUAAAUGCCUUUGAAUGUGGGCAAGCAAGCUUCCAGUGAGCUCUGAUGAAGAAACACUCAAACACACACACACACACACACACACACACACACACACACACACACAUACACACACGUUUUCAUCCCAUUUAUUUUCCCUCUUCUCUCCUCAGCAAGCUGUCGUUUCUCUUUACUGUUAUCAAUGUUGUCGUUGUUGUUGUUUUUUGUUCUCAUUUUCAGAAUCAAAUAAGGAAAAGUGAACACUGGACUCUUGAAGCUGUGUAAUGUAAAAGCCAAACAAACGUGCUUUUGUUAUUUAUGUUUGUAGCUUUUAGCCCAAGUAUAGGGUAAACACUUUUUAGUCGUUCUGUAUUUUAGUUUGUUUUACAGCAUAGUUUAUGAAGCCAGAACAGGACAAAGGGAGUGUGUGGUUGUAUGAAACACUCACGUGUGCUUUAUUAUAAUUUUUUUUAAAUUCUAAACAUGCCAUUUCCUCAGCUAAUGCAAUUUGGAGCAAUAGUAGAACUCCCAGGCAUGAGAGUGACCUUUUCUCUAUAUAUUGUUGUUUUUUAUAAAUAAAAGUGUUACUACUAAUUUAAAUUUUUGUUAGGUUGGUCAAUAAGAAGCCCUGAGCCCUGUCUGAUCAGACUUUGUGUACUUUUAUGAACAAAAGACUUACAGCUACAGGUAGAAAGCUUACACAUGUAGGCAACCUGUCAACAAAAUAUAUAAUUGAUUAGUAGUUCUUGAGAUAUUUGUGUGGCUCCUGACACAACUCUGAUAAGUGUUAUGGAACUUAAGCACAUCAGUAUUUUGUCUUUACUGACAAUGGAGCCAUGAAUGUGCAGACAGAUAACGUUAAUCAGUUAAUCUGAAAUUAAGUGGCCAUUAUCUGCACAAAAAUUGAACUAUGUAGCCAUUACCAUACACACAUUCCAAAAUGGUUACACAAUGUAAGAAACUGUGAUAACUUUGGAUGUUAAUGUGCACAUGCAGUGUUUAUUUAAAUACCACACACAAUAGUAUUAUGGGUCUAACAAUCUGGUGUGUGGGUCUCCAAGAGACGAUAGCUAUUAUUCUAAAGGGAAGAAUCCGAUUUAUAACAUAACCCUGUGUUCUUCACCAGAAUCUUCUUUUAAAUAAACAUAAUGUUAACUUGUU